AUGUCAAUUCGAGUUCGAGGUUCAAUUCUUGGUCCUUCAAGCUCACCAAUUCAUUCCAUUCAAAGCCCUAAAACCCCUUCCUUCUUGACGCUACCCACCUAUUUUUCAUCCAAAGUCUGUUCCACAAAGCGGGUUUGGUUGAAAAACAAUUCUUCCUUCUCUUCACAUAGUAUUUUACCCGCCUCUACAAAUUUACGGCGCAGAAAUUGUGUAGUAAAAACAGAACAUAAAGUGGUUUCUGAUAUAGAAGAAAAUAGUGUAAAAUUGAAAGUUAAACGGAAAAAUCUUGCAGUAUUUGUAUCUGGGGGAGGCUCAAAUUUUAGGUCAAUUUUUGAUGCUACUCUUAAUGGAUCCGUCCAUGGAGAUAUUGCUGUUUUGGUCACCAAUAAAUACGAUUGUGGAGGUGCUAAGUAUGCGAGAGAUAACGGCAUCCCUGUUAUUCUUUUCCCUAAAAAUAAAGAUGCAACUGAGGGUUUAUCCACAGAAAAUCUUAUAGCUGCACUUAGGUCAUACAAAGUUGAUUUCAUUCUUUUAGCUGGUUAUCUCAAGCUUAUCCCGACCAAGUUGGUCCAAGCUUAUCCAAAAUCCAUAUUAAAUAUUCAUCCUUCACUUCUUCCAGCAUUUGGAGGCAAAGGUUAUUUUGGCAUUAAGGUGCAUAAAGCAGUGAUUGCUUCUGGAGCAAGGUACUCUGGUCCUACAAUCCAUUAUGUUGAUGAGCAUUAUGACACAGGUCGUAUACUUGCUCAAAGGGUAGUUCCUGUGCUUGCUAAUGACACAGCAGAGGAGCUAGCUGCAAGGGUUCUUCAUGAGGAGCACAGAUUGUAUGUCGAGGUAGUAGCUGCAUUAUGUGAAGACCGGAUAAUCUGGCGGGAAGAUGGCGUCCCUCUCAUCCAGAGCAAAGAAAACCCUAAUGAUUAUAGGUAG